AUGUACCAGUCUCCUUGGCUUCACCGGUUUUCAACGCUCUCGCUUUUGCUCUUCUCGUCCCUUCAAGCUAGUGCUGAUAUCCAUUUCCACGACCACGACGAGGGUCUCUUCAGUUUCGUAACACACCCAGAAAUUAAAGCUCCUAGAUGGAAGGUCAACGUUACGGAACCAGAACUUGUGAGCCCGGGAUACUGGUUCGUUGCGCCCUUCGAAUUUAUCGACCAGAAAGAGCCUGGGAACGGCUGGGUGGGCCCCGUGAUAUACGAUGGACAGGGUGAGCUUAUCUGGAGCGGAGUUGAAUUGAGCAACAAUUGGGAUGCGAUCGACUUCAAGAUAAGUCGGAUACGAGGGGAGGAUCUAAUAACAUUCUUGGUGCAACGAGAGGGAGACGGCUACAUUCUUGAUCACACAUACCAAGUUCGUGAGAAGGUCCACAUUGGGACAUUAGGAGUUGAUUUCAACUCGCAUGAGUUCAACUUUAUCGACGAUGGCAAGCGGGCUAUCGUGAUGGAUGAGGGACGGAGAGAUGCAACGCCGGAGCAGGCUCUGGCUGUUGGAUAUAAUGAUAGCUGCAUCGGCCUUUUCAACGGCUUCAAGGAGCUGGACACGACGACCUGGACUCUAGUAUUUGAGUGGAGCUCUUUCGAGCAUGUCAGUCUGAAUGAAAGCAGCUUCCUUGAGGGUGGUGUGGACAAGAUGUGUGGUGACUUUUGGGGAUGGGACUUUGUGCAUCUGAACUCCGUGGACAAGGACCAUAACGGGGACUACUAUGUCUCUGGGAGGCACACCGACAGCAUCUACAAAGUGUCCAAAGACGAUGGGCAUGUGAUGUGGAGGCUCCACGGUCGACAAGAGCCCGAAGGUGAAUGGAGCAUGGGUGAUCUGUCGUUCUCAAGACAGCACAAUGUCAGGUUUCGCGGGUUCAACGGCACGCACGAGAUCAUCACGAUCCUGGACAACGCCAAGAGCGAAAGCAAGCAGGCAGCGACCCACGAGAACUCUCGUGGCCUAACCAUCGCUCUGCAGGUCGACGACAGGGUGGCCACGAUAGUACAAUCGAUAGAGCACCCUUAUGGUCCCGGCUCGUAUGCUCCUCGUCGUGGCAACUACCAGCUCAUGGCCAAUGAUCAUAUAUUCAUGGGCUGGUCUGAGCAGGCGACUCAUAGCGAACACUCGGCGGACGGGAAGUUGCUCAUGGAGGCCACGAUGGCGACAGAAUGGCUGGGCAGUUAUCGAAGCUACAAGUUCGAUUUCGUUGGGCUGCCUACUCGACCCCCAAGGGCAGUCUCGGCAGCGUAUCCCAGCACAGCAAGGAAUUCUACGACAACCAUGGUCCACCUCAGCUGGAACGGUGCCACAGAGGUGGCUAGGUGGAAUCUUUACAAGACCACAGAAACUGGUAAUCCGAUGAUCCAGAUCGGCAGCAAGAGCAGGACUGGGUUUGAGACCAUAAUCGCCUGGGAUGGCUAUGCAAGUUAUGUCAUGGCCGAAGCCAUCGACAAGACCGGCAAAGCAGUUGGCAGGACAGAGAUCAUGAAGACUCUGGGGCCGGGAAAUAAUCAUGCUAUGAGCGCGGCAGUCGCCGAAGAGAUGUACUGGCUCCAGGAGCUACACGGAGAAAACGAGUCGUGGAAGAACAACAAUGUCUACGCGCCGAGAAGCAGCGCAUAUUCCCUUUUUGUCUGGCUGGUCGGAGUAGUUUGCGGCGCAGUGUCGCUCUUCGUGGCAUGGCGAUUAAAGCUACGAGGAUAUCUUCGAGGAGUUCGGACGCCGGAUUAUCAUUCAUUGUCAUUGGAGCACGAUGACGGCGAGAUGGGGCAGGGAUACCACAAGGAGGGCACUCGAGACAUCAUAAUAUGA